GUACUACAUCCUGGAGUAGAGGCAUUUGUCUGAACUUGGAGCUUGAUCCCCGGAAAUCAAAACAAAGCGUCAGAGAGGCUUUUAGAUCCGUGGCUGAUUCGCUCCGGCUUUUUGACACAGACUCCCCCCACGCAGGAUAUUACAGUGUUUUUGGGGGUAGGAGGGUAAGAGAGGGAACAGAAGGCUGUCUUUAAGUCUGGACGCUGACGCCUCCUCUACUGUAAAACCUUAGUUAUCUGAAUAACGCCCUCCCUUUUCAUUAUCAGACACCCAGUUUUGAAAAAUGGCCACAGACGAGCUCACGUCCAAGCUCAGCCGUCGGCUCCAGAUCGAAGAAGGAGAGGAGGAACCGGUGGCCGUGGACGGCUCCGGGCAGGAGAACGGGUCUGAGGAGAAGUCGACCACGGCCAACGCGGACUCGGAGCUGGGCAAGAAGCUGCAGCGGCGAGAGGAGCUGAACGAGGGGCAGGGGGAGCACAUGCAGCCCAGCAUGAAGGUGUUCAACCCUUACACCGAGUUCAAAGAGUUCUCCCGACAUCAGAUCAAAGACAUGGAGAAGAUGUUCAAAAUGUACGAUGCAGGGAAAGAUAACUACAUCGACCUGAUGGAGCUGAAGCUGAUGAUGGAGAAGCUCGGAGCGCCGCAGACACACAUGGCCUUAAAGAACAUGAUCAAGGAGGUGGACGAGGACCUGGACAACAAGCUCAACUUCAGAGAGUUCCUGCUGAUCUUCAGGAAAGCAGCAGCAGGAGAGCUGGCGGAGGACAGCGGCCUCUGUGUCCUCGCUCGCCUCUCGGAAAUCGACGUCUCUGAAGAAGGCGUGAAGGGAGCCAAGACCUUCUUUGAAGCCAAAGUCCAGGCCAUCAAUCAGUCCAACCGGUUUGAGGCGGAGAUCCGUGAGGAGCAGGAGGCCAAGAAGAAGCAGGCGGAGGAGCAGAAACAGAGACGCACUGCUUUUAAAAACCUGCAGCAAGCCUUCAAGUGACCCUCCACUUCUCCUCCCCUCUCCUCUCAGGACCGGUCUCUCUCUGUGCUGCACUAACGCUGUCAGUGUGUGUGUGUGUGUGUGUGUGUGUGUGUGAUUGCUUCAUGUGUGUCAGGCUGCUGUUGUCCUGAGUCAAACACAGGUUAGUCAUUAGUCGAGGAUACAAAAGAGGGAGUACAUGAUGACAAAUCAGCGCUGUCUGUGUUUGUUCAGAUUAAAGGGAUCUUUGAUUAUAUUACAUUCAGCUCAAUCUAGACAAGUUCAAUACAAGUCGAUUAAUGCAGGCGUUCGAGAUAAGCACAGACUGUAUGUAAGAAGUCGAGGUAGUUACCGUACAUCGCUCAUUGGUCUUUAGACUGCUGUUUGAAAACGUAACCCGUUAGAACCUAAAAAACACACCCCCUUUAAUCUUAUUUCUCAUCGUCUGCAGCCGGUAGAGGACAUUUUAAAACCCUAAACCCUCCAAUUUCACUGAAAAGCAUUGCCUUUGCACUUAAGUUCAUUCAAAUUUUUUAAAAUCAUCACUUAACAAAAACAAAAAAAACAAUACGCAUUGACAUUGCAUCAGGUCUUAAAGGUAUAUACACACAAAUGUUGCAUCCCGUCUUUGAACUGUGGCAGGGUGUCCAGACAUUCCUUCAACUUGAUCCUGAUUGUUAGCGACACAUUCAUUUGGAGAGCGCUGCUUUUUUUUUAUCCAUUUGACUUUUAAUGGGACCCUCGUUUAUAAAAUGAACGUCCUGCAGCGUUGAGGAAGACUUGAAAGGGAAGACUGAGACCAGAAACCUGUGAGUAAAAUGUUUACUGAGGGAGAAGAAUGGUCAUUUUCCCCAAGACUUUGUUUUUCAUCGAGUGGGGUCACCCCCUGCUGGCCAUUAUAAAUAAUGCAGGUUUCACUUGUUGGACUUUGAGGUUACGUCCACUUCUUAUAUACAGUCACUAACAGUGAGCUGAAUAAAUGGAUCACUAUUAAAGGAUGUCAUUAACCACUGUGUCUCAAACACCAAAGAACCAACUUCUACUUCAACGUUAACCCUUUGAGUGCUGAAACAAACAUAUCAAAUACAGAAAUGAUCGACACUGUGACUUGUGAGAGUUUUCAAACCAGGCUUCGUCAUCCAUUCAAACUGAAUUGCUGUGCAAUGUUUUGGCAUCUGAUAAACCAUGAAGAGUAAAGGAUCAGCUCCUCCAGUCAGCCUCCCUGAUCAGUAUACAAUUUUCACUUUUAGUAUGUCACCUGAUCGAGUCGUGUGCGUGAAUUCUCCACGACUUUAAAAGUUGUUGAGUGGGCAGUCGCUUCGUUUUCCAGUCCUGAACUCAUUCCCUGAUUCUACUGUGAUGAUUGUUUCAGUGUUCAGUGUCCGACCGCAGCUCCUCCUCCUCCUCAGCUGCUGCCGCUGCCUCCGUGUGGGCCGACAGCUGCUUCUGAGUCUGCUCGACUUUUUCAAAAUAAUGACAUCCUCAGUGACACGUUAGCAGACGUGUUAAAUGUCAAACGAUGAACAAAAAGCUGAGCUUUUAAUUUUGUACUUACAGCUCUGUAUUUUUGUACAACAGGGUUGGGGGGGCGGGGGGCAGUCAGUUUUGAUAUUCUUGGUGUGGGAUGCUUGUGGACAGUGUUUUGCAUGAGCCAUGUUUAGGUACUUUUAAAAUAUAUUUUUCUUGUUCUUCUAGUGUUGGCUGUUCUAUCUCUCCUAUCUAGUCUGUGACAUUUCAAACGUCUACUUCAGGUUGCGACGUUAAAAAAAAAUCACUAAUCUGGUGGCGAGUUAGCGUUUGUUCAAGAGGCUACUUCCUGGUUCAGAUGAGACGUUAGUUUCUAAGCAGAGUGGGACAAACGGAUAUUGAUCAGAUCAGAUAAUUGAUUUAGUGAUCGGUGUUUUCAAACCUUCUCUACCUGAUAUCCAGAACAACACAACCUGUUGUUGUUCAGUUUAAAACAGUUUGCUUCCUGUGAUGAAGCUGCAGGUUUGACUCAGAUCAUCACCUGUGCCACAGAAGCAGCCCCGACCCCGUUUUAAAAGCUCGCAGUGUUUCACAUCUGAAUUGUGACCUUUUAGGCAGGGGGGGGGGGGGAGUGUGUGGACAGAGUGAGUCAGUGUGAAAGGAACAGGAAGUGUGACUUCCUGCGGUGAUGUGACAUUUUUUUUCCCUCUUUAAAGUGCAACACUGUGAUCACAUUUUAUAUCUGAACAAGAAGAGUGUUAAUACUACUUCUUCAAAGAUGCCAAUCAGCUCGAUCCUCUGCUCCUGCUGCGUUGUCACAUCCUGUCUGUGGGGCUUUUUGUGUCUUCUACCGCCAUGGGAAACUAUUUUUAUAUGUCCAGAUUUGCACGGUUUGCACGCUGUCCUUAUCAAGGGAAAACAGAUUUGACCUCUAGAAGUUUAACCACCAAAAAAAACAAUCAUCUUUAAGAUAUUUUUGUACGCCUGCAAUGUGGCCAAAUUGUAUUAAUGUCAAUUUCUUUUUACAGACAGCCGACAAAUUCAAAACUCAUUUUCAAAAUAAUUCAAAGGACACCUUCUCUCAGGAUCCAAAGAAAGUACUGGAGCACACAAAUCACUUCAGGGACAUUUAGUGAAGUGCAAAGAGAACAUUAAAUCAAAUCCAUCCCAGGUCUGAGUUGUCUUCAAAAUCCAGACCCAGAUAACGUUUGAAUGAACUGAUGCAUUCUGGGUGUGUAGUGAUAAAGCUGCUCCUUGAGUAACUAAAACUGAAGUGUUGACUUCCUAGUUUGUUGCGUGCAGAUGUUUCUGUGAGGCAGGAGUGUUAUUUUUUUUUUAACUCACUUUGAUCCACGACUGUUUAAAACCUGCUGUAACGUCUUCCUCACAUUUGCUCCCUCACCUCGUGUUUCAGGGUGUUUUAACUAUUUCAGUGUUGCAAAAUUAAUCUUCCUCGUGUUUCCUGAUUUAGCCGCACAGAUAGACGACUCUCUUUUUUCUCUCCUCCCUUUGUUUCACACUGUGUUGUGUUGUUGUGUUGAAUUAAUCAUAUUGAUGUAUAUUUUACAAAAUGCAGUUGUACAAAUAAUUCCAGUCGAGUGAUUUCAAACGAUAAAAGUAAAGCAGUAAUUUUUCACC